AUGAACAAUAUUCGAAACCCAAGAGGAUUCGGAAAUGUACUUCCCCUCUCGAGGCCUGUCUCAACAGUCUCAACAGCACCCAAGAGAAUAACAACAGCAGCCACUGGUGUCGUCUCUUCCACUCCAACCAUUCCUUCAGGCAAAUCAAAAACACCUCUCUCUAACAUGAUUGUCGAGUAUGCCGACAAGGGAGGAGUAAGGAGUAUUGCAUCUUCCUACAAGCAAGGAGAAAUGCUUGGUGAAGGAGGCUUUGCUAAAUGCUUUGAAGUCACUGAUUGUUCGACCGGAGUAAGCCUCGCUGCCAAGAUUAUUCCAAAAGCAACUCUUAUGAAAGAACGAAACAAGGAUAAGCUUCUCAGUGAAAUUAAGAUCCAUAAAAAGAUGUCUCACAAGUAUGUGGUGGGAUUUGAAAAGUUUUUCGAAGAUGCCCACAAUGCAUAUAUUAUAUUGGAAAUGUGUCAUUGCAAAUCACUAUUAGAAAUGAUGGACAAGAAGAGGAGACUUUCAGAGGCAGAAGCUCAAUACAUUUUCUUUCAAAUUUUGAUGGCAGUCAAGUAUAUGCACUCAUGCAGAGUUAUUCACCGAGAUUUGAAAUUGGGAAAUAUUUUCCUGGACAAGUACAUGAGAGUGAAGAUUGGAGAUUUUGGAUUGGCCACCGAAGUACACAAUAAUGAACGAAAAACCACAAUAUGUGGAACACCCAACUAUAUUGCACCUGAAAUUUUACUAAGCAAGGGUCACAGCUAUGAAGUGGAUCUUUGGUCUUGUGGUGUCAUUCUAUAUACACUCUUAAUCGGUACUCCUCCUUUUGAGACUGAGGAUGUCAAGACUACCUACAGGAGAAUUCAAGAAGGAAAAUACUCGUUCCCUGCUGGUGUCAAUAUUUCUGAAAAUGCAAGAAAGUUUAUUAAGAAGAUGUUGAAUAGUGAUCCAAAGGCAAGACCAACUGUGGAUGAGGCGCUAGCGGACGACUUUUUCAAAUCCAUGAAAUCGACAGCUUGUCCAACCUCCUUAAUGAAAUACGCAGAGAUUUAUUGCCGAGUGGAUGUGAAAAAGAAUUUGGAAGCUCUCCAAAAGGAACGUGAGGAAAUGCUCAAGAAGAAGCAAGAAGAGGCCAAAAAGGCCAUGGCUGUUGUGACAACAUCAUCUCAGCAACAACCACCUGUGGCCAGAGAACCCUUGAAGGCCAUUGAUCCAAACACUCUGAACAGUGCAAGAGAUAGAAAAGAUCAAGGCAUUAUGGAUAAACUCUUCAAGAAGGUUCUCCCUUCAAGAAGAAGACAAGAUGAGAAUCAGGAAAAUAUUCGUCCUCAAUCCACCAAACUCUCACCUACUCAACCAUACGCUCGAAAAGAUUUGAAAGAGUUAUCACCUUCGGUUUCCCCUAAACUCAGAUCUGCACGAUCAAGCUCUACACGCUCUCCAGUGCCAAGAACCAAAGUUCUCUUUUCUCUAGACUUUCCAGAUUAUGGACUGUGUUACCGUCUGAGCAAUGGUGCAACAGGAGCAUUUUUCAAUGACUACUCGAAAAUGGUUCUCUCGCAUGACAAGACUCGUAUCGAUUACUAUGCCUACAAUCGUGACGAUAUUCAAUCUCACGAUGAACAUUUUGUCUACUCAUUGACCAGUUAUCCUGAAGAGCUUAAAAAGAAAGUCACACUCAUCAAGUACUUUAAGGGAUGCUUGGACUCUGCUAUCAAGCAAGAGAAUCGUCCAGAGCUUUUUGAAUUGACUGGAGAGGAUCAAAGUGUGUAUGUGAAACGAUACCACAAGUCUAGCAUUGCAUCAUCAUACAGGUUGAGUAAUACUGUCAUUCAAGUGAAAUUCAAUGACAGGGCAGAGAUUAUGCUGUCCAACAAUUCACAUAUAGUUGUGUACACUAACAAGAAGGGACAAAAGGAAUAUGUCCAUGAAGAUUCUGUCUCAUCUCCAGAAUUCCAAACUUACAUUGCACACACUAAGGACCUCCUCAAAGAAAUGAUGAAUGACAGUUAA